AUGAACGGCGAAAGGAGGGUCAGUCUUGUGACCCGGGACACGGAGCCCUCGAAGAAGGACUUGCAGGUCCGUGUGUACCCGUCGGAGCUGAGGUUUCUGGAUGCCGAGGUCGGGAAAGUGUACCGCCUUUCGGUUAUCCUUCACAAUGUCGGCCGCGUGAACCACAAGAUUCGCUUCCAGCAGCCGAGCCAGCGCCAGUUCAGACUGCUUAUGUCCAAUCUGGAUAAGUCUCUUGCUUCGGGCCUGCAGUUGACAGCUGUAGUAGAAUAUCAUCCUAAUAAAAAUGAAGACCUUUAUGACAACUUAUUUAUUUACAUAGGGAGUAGAACAGUGACAAUCCCUCUAAUAGGGAUGAUUCCAGCCUGUCAACUACAGGUUGACCAGCUAGUUGAUUUUGGAAAAUUGGUUGCCAAUAGUAGAGUACACUGCAAAGAAGUUAAUAUCUUUAACCACGGCAAAGCUCCAGGAUUGUUUCGAGCAGAAUAUGAUGGCGAAUUACCUAUUGUAAUUUCUCCAACUAGUGGUACUGUAAUGGCUAUGUCAUCAUUGGCUAUAAAAGUGGAUUUCUGUACAUCAGAAGCUAGAGUUGUAAAUGAAGUAGUCAAAAUGAGUUUACAAGGCCAUCCAGACAUACUCUUAAACAUCAAAGCACAUGUGGUUCACCAGAUUAUUCAAUUGUUAAGCGUGACCACUGGCAAACCAUUGAAAUGCAUAAACUUUGGUUCAACUUUCUUUGGAACAUCAAAACUUGAACAAAUAUAUAUUUACAAUAAUAGCCCAGAAUCUGUAACUUGGGUGGCCAUAUUACAAGAUGAUACAGUUGGAGAAGAAGUGGCUACAAAUGUUCUACAAAGGACAGAUGUUGCUUUAAAUAAUCUCAGUUACUUGAGUAAAAUAAAAAACAUAGAUGUUUCCAAUUUUAUCACCUGUACUCCUAAUGAAGGAAGGUUAAAACCUUACCAAAAGACUCGACUGACAUUUUGUUUUAGCCCAAAGCUACUCACGGAUGAUACUAAGAAAGUUGAUCCCGCACAUAGGCAGGACUAUGCUCUCUUUUUGAGAUUUGAGUGUGUAGGAAGUAAAGAUGGAUACUUGAGAGAUGAUAUCAAUAAAGAAAUCAGAAGUGAUCAGUAUAAUAGAGUGGAAUUAGCACUGACAGGCACGGGACUUCCUGUCAUAUUACAAUUCUUUCCAGGAAAGGUCUUUACUUUUCCACCUUGCUCAGUAGGCAGCCAGAUAGACUUGCUGUGUACCAUACAUAAUCAAUGCAGAUACCUGCCUGUGACGUGCCACUUUAAAAAAGCUGCUCAUUUUAAAAUUGAACCGAAACAGGUCGACAUUGAUGCAGCCUCUGAUCAGAAGGUGAUAUGUUCAUUUAUUCCACAUCAAAUUGGAAUCUUUAAAGUGAGGCAAACCAUAGAGAUUAUUGGCUUAGUCGCGAGUGAAAAUUUUUUGUCUGCAUCCCUGAAACCUUUCCAUGAAGUAUAUAUGUAUUUCAAAAGUGUUGGCAGACAUGGUACCAAAAUAGAUGAAAUGGCAAUAAACACUGGUCUAACUCCUUUAAUCAGUAGUCCUGCACCACAGCUUGUGGUCAAAAAUGUGAUAAAACAGGACAGCAAGCCUGUUGCCGUGCUUCCAUCAGCUCAGGAAGAGUCUCCUCAAGAUCCUCAAGGCCACAGAGAGUCCUUUAAGAAUUCACUGAUACCCAGUGACCAGUCUGGAAAUACUGCACCUAGAGACCACAAGAUACAGUUCAGGCUAAAUUUAGCGAAGCCUCCGAGAUUUAACUGUCUAGAUCCUGAAUUUGAGCUUACAGAUUUGGAAAAAGUAGACAAGGAAGACCAUAAAAACUUUUAUUCACGAUACACUGAUUGUUUAAGAGCUUUGCGCAUACAGAAACAAUCACAAAGGGAAUUCCUAAAUCCUUCAAAUAAACAACCGAUUUCAGAUCUACUGAAGUCAACUACAUCUUCAGGUAGAGAUGAGGAUCUCCCACCGGAACUUCUGAUCAAGCAUAACCGAAUGAUUACUACCAAGCAGAUAAUAACCAAUGUCAAAAAGGCUCUGAAAAAAAAGGUUGUUCAUGGACUUAAGUCUGAACCAUCCACUCCUCUUGAAAUAUCACACUGCUCAAUUAUAUUGACACCGAAGCAAAUUCACCAAGUAAUCAUUGGGCCUUCUGUUCUGAACUAUGGUGACAUUUGUGUGCAUUCCAUAAAUUCACAACUGAUUAAUAUUAUUAAUAUACUACCUAUAUAUAUUUUUAUUCAUUUUGAUGUUCAGUUAAAAGAACUUCAGAAAACCAAGCAGUUUUCAUAUGUUAUUCCACCUACAUCCUGUACUUAUAUUCCACUGUUAUUUCACUCUACCACUGUUGGGAAAUUUUGGAAGUCUUUCACUUUUAAUGUGAAUUCUAAACCUGCUGGACACAUUCUUGUGAUGGCCGUUGUCCACCCAGUAAAUCUUAAGCUGUCUUCCAAUGAGAUAAUAUUGAAACCACAAGGUUUCUUGAUGAAAAGAUGCUUUAGGCAGACAGUUUGUAUGCAUAAUCCUAAUAAUUAUUUUGCACGAUUUGAAUGGGAACCUGUGAUAAAAAAAGGGAUGGCAUUUUCCAUUAAUCCAACUAAAGGCCUUGUUGAACCAUUUUCCUCACUGGAAUGUGAAGUAACUUGGACUCCAGGCUUCAGUUCCCUAGAACAGGGAGAACUUAUUCUAAAAGUUCCUGAAGGAAACACAACAACACUAAAAUGUAUUGCAGAGCCUGGUCAAAGCAAAGUUGCAUAUCGAGAGCCACGGGUGAUCUUCAGCCAUGCCCCUCAGGGAUUAACAACUUGGAAGACAGCUGUUCUUCAUAAUGUGGGAGAAAGCCAUGCUUAUUUUAGGGUUUGUGAAAAAGAUCUUUCGCCUCACGUUCGUAUUGUUCCAGCAGAAGGAAUAGUUCCAUUUAGGGGAAACAUUGUUCUUAAUGUUUCUCUUACAACUUCUGUGUUAGGACCUUUUGAUACAAAAGCAAAGAUUGCUAUCCAUCGUGCAGAUACCUUAUACCUAGGCAUCAGUGGAACUAUUGUGAUUCCUGAUAUUGUAAUUAAGCCAGCUACACUUAAAUUCAUUGGUACCUAUAUUGGCAGUACUCAUAUUUUUCCAGUAUUAAUAAUUAACAGAGGUACAACACGUGCCAGAUUGACGUUUAAUAUGGAAGGUCAUGAAGAAUUUUCAGUACAUUAUAAAGAUGAAUCAGUAAAGAUCUCAGAACCUGAAUUUCCUCACAUAUAUUUUUUGGAAUUAGAUGCGGGCACAAAUUUGGAAUGUGGCAUAGAAUUUGCUCCUCGAGAUGUGGCAGCACACAGCUUUACCCUUCACGUUAUGCUUAAUAGCUUCAAGGCUUCAGAACUUCAUGCCCUGCGCCGUUUGAAAAAUAUUCCUUUGCUUUCAAGGACAACACCACUUACUAAACUGUGUCACAUUCAAGCUACAGGAUUACAAGCGCCAUUGACAUUUUCCAAAACAGAUUUUGUAUUUGAAAUUCCAAUAUAUGAUUUGGACUCUAAUAAUAAUAAUAAGAGAAGUGAGGAUCUUAUUAUAUAUAAUAUUUCAAAGAAAACUGUGCAAUGGAGUUUGGAUAUUCAUAACACCAACAAUCUUUUCACCGAUGGCAUAUUCAACUGUAGUAGACUGGCUGGGGUUCUGCUUGAAGGAGAAAAUUGUAAAGUUACCAUAGUAUUCCAGCCAACUCGUGACGGAAUAUACGUUGCUGAUAUUCCCAUACUUUUAGACGAUAACCCAGUUAUCUACCGGACCUUAAGUAUAACUGGAGAAGUAAAAUCACCCAAGUUACGUUUUGAUCCACCAUUUGUAAUUUUCACUCCUGUUCCUUUGGAUGUAAUAAUUGGACUGGACAUCAUCAUUUUACCUAAAAACUAUUACAGAAACUCAUCAGUAAAGGUGGAUCUUCCUAAAGUAAGAGUUCAUGAUGGUGAAGAAUUAAGCCCUCUUUCUGUAAGAUUUCCCAACGGCCCAACUAUCACGGGUUCUCCCACAGGAAUCAACCCUCCACUCACCUGCCGCCUCUCCUUCAGAUCAUCUAAAUCAGUUUCGCUCUUCAUGGAUGUUCGUUAUGGUUCUGAAGAAAGCAACUGGUUUCCACUUCCGGUUUCUGCAACAGCAGAAAACUGCAUUCUGACAAUCUACCCAUAUAUGGCAUUACAUAUUGAUGAACAAAAAAUUGUUCUGAAGGAUGAUGAUAAUGCAAAUCUUUUGAAUGAAAAUUUAACAUUGUUCUAUAGAGAUAAUGCAUUUCUUAAUCCUCGGCUUUCUAAAUGUGAACCUUCACCUAUUACUAAUAGAAGAAGAUUAUCUGUCGUAUUUGUAGGUAUGGAAGUGACAUAUGAGCAUAGCAAAUUACUCAAAACUCAAAAGAUAACGAAAGAUGAUGAUGAAACGGUGGUAACUGAGGAGGAAAAUAAACAGUUCUAUUUUCCUAAUGAAGGAACAAAGGCGCACACCUUCUUUCAGAAGAUUGUAAAUGCAACACAGACCUGGUUUAGUCUUUUUGGCUGGCCUGGAGGACCUCAUUCUCUGUCUAUUCCAGAGACAGCAAGAAAAGAUGUAUAUAAAGUAAAAUAUUGUUCACCUAUAUCAUUCAAAAAUUUUUGCUGUCAGAAUACCUUUUCCAAAUAUAAUAAGACCAUUUAUGAUUCCAUACUGCACUUGAGUGGGAUAAUGCCUCCUGGAAUUGAUUCAAAACAGUCUUUACCUGUGAAUCGCACUGCAAAAGUGGUUCAACUUUAUUCUCAGCACUCAUCACUUCUUAAUUUUCUCAAAAUUCAUGGAGCAUGUAUUUCUCAUGUACAACCUGAAUUUUUGCUUGAACCUGAAGAUUAUGAUUUGUGGCUGAAACUUAUAUCUUCCAAUUAUCCCAUACCUAAUAAUCCCUCCAUGCUCCCAAAAAGGCAUUCUGUUAUUAUAGAGAAGUCUAAAUUUGAAUUGUGGAGUAAACGAGCAUGGACAGAUGUCUUUCUUCAGAUAUACAAGAUUCUAAUAUUAUCCCGGGUUCGACCACAAACCAACAAAAAUCUGCCCCGAAUAAGUGUGAAGGCGGAAUCACCCAAAGUCAAUCCUUGUUUCAUAUCCAGCAACAUGUACUCUAAUUAUGAAAGAAUUCUGCUUAGCUGGUUGAACACAAAUUUUGAGAGUGCCAGACAAAUUAUAUGGAAAAGCUGUUGUACAGGUCUUAUGCCCUGUGAGAGAUGGAUAGUAAACUUUGACACCGACCUUUCAGAUGGCCUUGUUUUAGCAACACAGUUAGGAGCAUAUUGCCCCUUUUUGAUUGAUACUUUUUUGGUAAAUAUGUAUACACAUCCACAAACUUCCGAACAGUAUUUGCACAAUUGCCUAAUUAUUGUGAAUGUCCUGCAUGAAAUUGGCUUUGAAAUGGAUAUACAGGCCACUGACAUCUGUGAUCCCAAUCCAAUCAUGAUGCUCAUGCUUUGUGCCUACAUGUAUGAAAGGCUCCCUACCUAUCUCCCUAGGAAAUCAGUGAUCUUUCGUUGUUCUCUGCAUGAUACUACAAGAAGAGAGAUUAUGAUAAAAAAUCCAAGCGCAAGAGAGCUGGUCUAUAAUGCAAUGAUUAGGGGAAGAGAUGCUGCUGAUUUCAGCACUGUUCCAAAAGGGGAAGACACUUUUAAAAUUCUUCCAAGAAGGGAAACUACUAUCACGGUGGAAUACAACAGCCGCUUCAUCCAUCCUGCUGAAGCUUUGCUGAUGCUAAUUUCAAAAACUGAGCCCGUGGUAGGCGGCAUUACCUUGACUUUCGGUCUUAGGGGUGAGCUUCUCAAGUUUAAAAAACUUGAUAUUAUAAAAUGCAUAAGCCCAUGUUAUACGUGGAAACAUAUCACUUUGAAUGUUAAAAAUCCAUUUCGUGUUGCUGGAGAAUUUAGAGUCAUUUUGUUGGAAUCCUCAACAUUUAUCUCUUUGCCAGCCCACUUACAUGAAUCGAGACGCUUGCUCAACCAAAUGGACGAUGAAUCAUCCUUGUUUCUGGAACCCAGUAAAAGCACUAGCUGUGAUCGUGAUUUAUCUGAAGGCUGUACCACAUGUUCAGAUAGCCUAAAAACCUCAAUUAAGUGCAACUUCGUCAGAGAGUUUUUUUGCCCUAAAAGUGCUUUGAACUUGCCAGUGAAAGGAUCUACCUUAGACUUAUUCUUUCUUCCGUUUGAAAUGCACUUGCGCUACUGCAUUGUCAUCCUCAGCAGCAGAAAGAUUGGAGAAAUAUUAUACAUUUUGGAAGGUAAAGGCAUCAUCCCCUUGCCUUCGCACUUCCCAAAACCUGUUCCGAUCCAACACAACUUGAAUUCUUCAGAUGAAGCGUUUAAUAAAGAUGAUCCAGUACUGUACUUGAAAUGCAAACUCGGUGAAAUUCUACGCACAGACAUUUUAUUUCCCCUGAUGAAUGACGCCAAGGAAAGGGCUUUCGCUUUUGCAGCAAAGCAACAGAUGUCGAGGAUGGAGUAUGAUCGAAGGUCCAUCACAGGCACACUAGAGAGCAGCAGUGUCCGAGUGGCCAUUGCCCUCCUAGGGCUCACGAAAGUAGAGUGUUCUACAUAUUUCAAUACCUCACAGUUGAAGAGGCCAAAGACCAUUUUAUACUCAGUAGAAAUAAGUUUUCCUGAAUACUUCAGUAUUCCCAGUAAAAUCUACAUUCCACAGAUUCCGGAAAGUAGAACAGAACAUAGUGAAUUACAUGGAUUGAAACUUGAACAUAAAUCAGAACCAGAUGCGUCCAUUGCAGUUCCUUUACAGUUUUUUCCUCUCAGUGCUGGACGCUACCCAUGUGAAAUUUUAUUAAAAUCUAAGUAUGAUGUACGAAUCUUUCAAAUAGAAGGUGUUGUGGAUGAAGAACGGGCCGAAGGUAGAUUUGAAUUUCAAACACGUGCAUUUGAAGCCAUCACCCAGAAUAUUCCAGUAAUUAAUAGGUCAGAUAAAGAUUGGAAAUGUCGAGCUGAAAUACAAGGAGAUUGGUUUUCUGGACCUUCUGUUAUACAUAUUGAAUCGCAGAAAAUAAAAGACUAUCCUCUUACAUUCAAGCCUAUUUUGGAAUGUGAAAUCAUGGGAAAACUUAUUUUAAUAAAUGAAGUAGAUACUUCAGAACAUGUAUUUGAAAUAAAAGGGGUUGCAAAAUCACCGCUGCCUACAGAAAAACUCUUUGUGGACUGUCGAGUGGGGAAUGAAAUAAGAAGAACCAUAACGGUGCCCAAUUAUACAAAAACUGCCCUAACAUAUAAGGUUGUUUCAGAUCUUUCAAUGGUGUGGGGAGCUCCAUUCAUCACUGUAGAAGCUAACAGUAAGGUUCCAUAUGCUCUGCACAUAAAACCUAAGAAAAGCGGUAAAUUUACAGGUAAAAUUAUAUUUACUGUUGUAGACAAAGAAGAUAUUAUUUCUCAGAGAGAAUUAUAUGCAGGGCAAUAUGACUCCUAUAUUGGAAAAAUCGCAUCAAUACCAUCCUCAAUGCUUGUUAAAAGUGAGCAAGUGUCUGCUCUUAAAAAUUUAAAAUUCUGGUACAGUGUUGAUAUCAAUAGUGUUCCUGGAUAUCCCACACACACUUUAGAAAUUGAGUGUAUUUCAUUGGAGCGCCAACGCAUUGAUAUACCUCUUUGUAAUACACAAGCUAGGAUUUUUCAUAUAGAUGUACUGUUAUCGAGUCCGGCCCUUUCUGGAAGCAAAGAAAUUGUUUUAUUUUCAGAAGAACAAAAGAACUAUUCUAUCUUCAUUAUUCCAGUAACUACGGGAUACAGUGAAGAAAAAGUUAUUUUUCAACCUGAAGACUCUCGUGAGUUCUGGUAUUUACUGAAAUUGAAGACUAAACCACCAAAACCAACUACAAUUGCAGAAAUACAAUGUGAACUUGGAAAGUUUGUCAGUCAAAUUAUUACUUUAAAUAAUCCUUCACAUGAAACCCUCGUCAUAAGUGGACAAAGCACCAACCCUAUUAAUUUUGUCUUGGAUAUGUCCAAAGGGCCACUGAUUAUAGAUCCAUUUUCUACUGGAAAGAUAUCUUUUAAGUUCUGUCCUUCUUCUCUUGGAAGAAAUAAUCAAAGAGGUUCUCUGAUCUUCAGUUGUUCUCAGAUUGAAGAAUGGACAUUUAAUGUCUCUGGAGUAGGACUAUAUCCCACUCCUAUAUCCACGGAAAAAGCAUCUACCUUUCUUGAUACUCAUAAAACUAUCACUAUACCAUUCCAAAAUCCCACACUGGAAGAAGUUAUUAUUGACAUUACACUAUCAAAUCGGGAUAAGACCAAGAAGUAUUUUCUUGACCCUAAAUGGAGUAGCUUCUUUUCUCGAAGUUCUGGUUUCAAGUUUAGUAAGUCAAUGACUCAGACACAAGGAAUUAAGCUGCCCCCUAAAGGGACUAUAGACAUCACAAUGAUAUUUUAUCCCAGAGAUAUGAAGCUGUACAAAUCAUUAGUCAUUAUUCAAAUGAUAAAAGCAAAUAAUGAAUUGUGGCAUAUUGACAAUUUUAAUGAACUGAACUCAGACAUGAAAAGAAAUAUAGGAACAGACCGUGAAAACAUUGCUGUAAUACAAUGGCUGUACCCUUUCCUUGGACUCUCAGAGGCUGAAUAUCCACAACAAUGUAGUGAAAUUAAUUGGCACUGUUUUUCUCCUCCAGCUGUCCUAAAAGGCAAGGCAAAGAAGAGGAUAGAAGAUGUAUUGGUUGUUUCACUAGAUGGUGACUAUUCUAGAGGACGUCCAAUCUAUGAGCCAAAUGAUUUUGUAGUGCUUCCAGAAAAUUCCACCCGUGAUUCUUCUUAUGAAGAUCUACUUGGAAUUUGUCAUCAAAGCAACCGUAUGAAGCAGAACCACUAUAUUUUGAUUGUUAUCAGUGAGCAAAGAAUGCUGGGCGGGGCGCCCAGGCUACCUGAGCAGUCCCAGAGGCCUCCCAGGCGCAGAGGUGUGGAAAGAUCUCGAGAGGCCAGUGUCCCCACAGGGUUCACCCUUUCCCCAAGUAGGAUGAUGCCAUCAGCUUCAGGGAGGCCCAAGGGCAGGACCACCGCCUACGAGUACUUCUUGCAGGCUUGCCGCCAGGAGUUGAGGGAACAGAACAUUCAGCUGACAGUGGAUUACCACCGUUUUCUGAGAGACUGUGAGCAUAGGUGGAAUGUUCUGGAUACUGAAGAAAAAGAGCGCUUCAAGAAAAUGGCCAAGGCCGAUGGAAGGCGCUACCGGCGCCAGAAGAGGCGUUAUGACCCCACAUGGGCGGCCAAGAGGGACCCCGAAGACUCUAAAAGACCAAAGUCCGGCUUCAUCUUCUAUCAGGAACACCAGCCCCAGAUUUGUUUUGACAACCCUCGCAUGGCUAUGAAGCAAGUUGCCAAAGAAAUCGGCCAGAUUUGGCGACAGAUGAGUGCUUCAGAAAAACAUCCGUGCCAAGAUAGAGCCGAGUACGAAGCCAAGAAGAGGCGCAGUGUGGGAGCAACAGCAGGAAGAGACAAAGACCAGAAGAACCUUGAGGAGGAGGAGGACUAUGGAGGCAUGGACAAAAUGGAAGGCGACAAUGAUGAAAUCGAUGAUGAUCAGGAACAGGACGAAGAGGACGGCGAGGAGAACGAGGAAGGCGAGGAAGACAAAGCGUCUGUUGGUAAUUACUCGUCCUCUGAAGGGAAAUAUAUUCAAGAUAAACGUCAAUUUAAAUUUAAAGUUGAAUUCGAAUCUGAAGAUAUAAAGUCUCGUGUGGAACCUUAUUUCACUGUAUACCUGUUAGAUAAGGCUUUUAAUAUAAGUAUUGAACAAAUAACAUUGAUGUUCGCUCUGAUAUUCAUACCAAUGAAACCAGUAAGGACUCGAAUUAAUCUGAAAAUAGAGAGUGAAAUAGAUGGGAUAUGGAGAUACCCGAUUUUCUUGAAUGUUGAACAACCUGAUGUGGAUGGUAUUGUUGACAUUGAAGCGGUUGGUUUAAAUAAGGAAUCUUCUGUUGAGUUACGUCUGAAAAGCACUUCCAGAAAUCCACAACCAUUUACUGCCUACUUUCUAUCUAAGACCAGUGAUGAGAUUUUUGUAAUACCUGACAAAGGAGUAAUUCAACCUCAUCAAAGUGAAACAGGUAUCAUCACAAUAGGUUUUAAACCCUGCGACUAUGGUAAAAUAUACAAAGCCGAGUUAGCAAUAGAGAUGGAAGAUGAAUACUGGUUAUAUGAGGUUAAUGGAAUACCUCCACCUUCUGGACCAUCAAAAGAUACAAAAGCCAAGGUUGACUGUAGGAACAAGGCAUAUGAUAAUAAAACAACUAAGGUGAACAAUUUCAUCCAAAAAAAUGUCAAGCUCGUAAAGGCAAAGCUGUCCUGUACUUCAAAAGAUUCUCCUUUGACACUGAAAAAUAAAUAG